AGCAGACCAGAAGAAUAGACUUGUAUCCUAGCAACUCAGUUUUCAAGAGAAAGUCCCUUUAGCCACUUUGUUAAAAAAGCAGGAAGAGGAGGAUAAGCAAGUGCCAUUUUUUAAACAAUUUUCAGAUCUUUACUUCUAUGAAACAGGACCUACCAGAAACAUCAAUGUCUGAUUUUUCUUUCUAAGAGGUAAGUAACAGAAGUGAAAGUUUAACUUGAUAAUUCAAUAUCAUUAGCCUGUUGAUUAGUUAAUGUAUUAUUAGAGUGUGUGAAGUCUGCCAGUGAAUGCCAAGAACCAGUAAGACACUGCUUGUACUAUUGCUUUUCACAGCACUUGACACUUUUAAUUCUAUUUUAAACUAUCUAAAAAUGACUGUUUUCCAUAUUUAAUAAAGGGUUAUUCUGUAGAGAAAAAAUUGUGGUGAACCGACAAAGAGAUUAGAAAUUUUAGAUUAAAAUAAGCUAGACAAUUAAAUAAAUAAAUUCCACCUGACUAAAUAAUACCAAUACAAGGUUAUUCACUAAGAUCUUAAUUUAAUAAACUUUUCCGAAUGAUCCAAUGCUGUUAGAAAAACAUUUUUUUUUUCAAAUUACGUUUUUACUUGAAUUCCCAUAGACUUUAAUAAUAACUCUUGUAGAUAAAUAAUUUGGAAUAUUUUCUCUGUCAGGAUUGAAUCGAGUCCUAAGCUUGGAGUUGUUGGGCAUUGUAAACUUCAGUCAAAAAUAGAUUACAGCAGUGUGUAUUGGUCCAUUUUACAUUCAUUGAUUGAAUGGGGAAGUUCAAGUUUGCUGUAACCACAGCUGGUUCCCCUAUUUACCGCUAUAAAGUCUUAAAGCGUAGAAUUUUGCAGAGCUUACCAUACAAAUAUCUCAGCUAUAAUAUUAUAUAGUUGGAAAGCGUUCCUCUAUUUAAAAUAUAUACAUAAUUGAUAAUACAAUACAAAUAGGGAUUGUUUUGAAAGCAAUAAAGUUUUGUCUUUUUAAAUAUUAUAUUAAAUAUAAAUAUAGACAUAUAAAAACAUGAUAAUGCAUUAUAAUAAUGUAUAGCACAGUUCAUAAGUUUAUCAAUAAAAUAGAAUAAAACAUACUCCCUUGAACAAGUCAACCUCUCAGUCAUGAUAAAAUGGAGCAGUGUCUCUGCAUCCAAAAUUCUCUCCUUUGUGUCCUAAUAUUAAUAAGUAGACUUAUUUAUACCUUAGAUUUUAAUUUGGUCAUGUUAGGACCAACCUUAACUUGGCAAAGAGAAGAGGCCAUGAGCAUAAAAUGACAUAGCCUUGGCUUAUUCAUUUCACAUGGGAACAUCUUAAUCAGUCUAUUAUCAUGACCUAGACAUCUUAUCUAUGUUUAGAACACAAUUUAAGGUCGGACAUGACGUAGGCAAUGCCCUGACUUGGUAUCACACUAACCUAGGACAAGAUGGCGUCUUAAAGUUCAAACAUCUUAUUCACUGACCAUGGGUAAGAGGUCAUUUAUUAAAGAAACAUUCUAUGAGAAUAAAUAUGUUCCAUUUCUAACAACUUGCCAGUUUGCAAAAUCUCUUAAAGACAAGUACACAGUUUAAGAAAUACAACUUUUAAUUCUUGAAACCUGUAAUAUUUGUAUGUGCGUGUAACACCGCCAUUUAAAUUGACUUAUUUAAUUUUCAUUUGAUUCUUCUUUUCAAGACUGAAAAACUCAUGAAAGCAAUAAUAGUUUUUACUCUGACACUGGCUCAUUGCAAGAGUUGAAUCAUGGGAAAAUAUAUUUCUUAUAUUAUAUGCACUGUUUGUGACUGUUUAAAAGUUGCUAAGGACAGGUGCUGUCUAAAGAUGAUAGAGCUGUGGUUCACUCUUGCACUUCUUCCUUAUAAGUCGUCAGCUCCAUUUUUCUAUAUCAGUUAAAAAAAUGUUGAAGUAAAAACAGCCACUUUUAUAAAUCACCCCUGUGAUGCUAAUAAAGCAAUACUGUAAAUAUUUAAUGCCUAUUUUCUAAAACAGUGAAUUGUGGUGAUUAAAUUAUUCUUGAGCUGGAAAAUUUUUCCAAUUCAUUUAUUUUGACCUAUAUUUUGCACUUAGGUUGUCAACUCACCACACCUCUAUAUCUAGUGAUUAGAUGUCAUAAUUUAUAAAGAAACACGACACAGCAUCAAGAUGUGUUUAGGCAUUGUUUGACAAAAAAGGUUACAUUCCAAAUUUCUUAAUGCUUAUUAGUGCUAAGAGAAAUGCAAGAUAAAGUGGUGCAUUUCUGGUAUAUACAAGGGAAAUUAAUUUACCCCUCAAUUGCUUUGUUGUGAGGCCAAAUUUCUGUCUACAGUGCAUGCAGAUGUAGAAUUUGUAGGUACAACAAACAAAUCUUUGUUGUCUGCUCUGCGAUUUAGAGUGAGCAAAAGAGAAUCAAAAAGUACAUCUCUCAAUCACUCUCUCCACCAUUAAAAAAAAUGCAGUUACCACGUUGUAAAAUAAAAAGCAUAUCAAAACAUAUCUAAAAAGGAAAAGAAAAACAUACAUUUGUACUAAGGGGAGCAUCUCUAGCAGAUAGGUGCCCAUAGGUGGCUGCCUUUUCUGCCUACUUGCUAUGCCAUGAUAAAUGUUCCUUGUAGUGAAUGCUUGUAAUUAUUUUUAUAUGUUGAAUCAAUACAAAAGCGUACUGCAUUUAUUUUACUCGCAAAUCAAAAUGCCAUUUUUUUUCUAAACAGGCGAUUCAAAUUAUAAAACAAAAAUGUCUGACACUAUUAAAUGCCACCCUGAAAAUGGAAAUCAGUGGUUUUUUAGAAGGCAAAUGGAAUUUAUUGCAAAUGAAAAUUUGGCAAAUGAACGGAGUGAAAGUUUUGUGAAACCAAGGCUUGUACCAGAACAUGAUAUUUGGCGGAAACCACCCCCUGAUUUUAGUGUUAAGCUUUAUACAUCUUUGAAUUUGCCAAAGAAACCAAAGGAACGUGAAAAAAGAGUGAAAAAAAAUAUCAAAAAUAAAACUGAGAUUUAUAAUCAAGUCAAUACACUACAAUCAGUUGACCGUCUUCCUAGAAUAAUGGACAAAGAGUCUUCCAAAUUCCUAACACGAUUUAAAAACAUUGGAGAAUUUGAGGCUAAAUUGUGGUAUGUCAAAUGUGGCAAGUACCCCAAAGAACAAUUCAAAGACUCAAAGCCUCAUGAUUUCAGGCAGGUAAGUAAAAAGAUAGGAUCUGUUACAUGAGCAUUUCAAGAAUGCAAAAAAACACAUCAAAUGUGGGAAAGUUAAUGUGUUUGUUUACCAACUGUGGCAUGAAAAAGAGGUCCGGGAGUCUCCCUCAUUUUUCUAACGGCUCCCUGAUGCCCGCAAUAUAUGUAUGUCAGAUUGUUUGUGAUUUCCAAGAUAUUGUAUAUGAUUUGUGGGCCAUCCGAUGGGUAUUAUUGCUGAACAGGGGCCUGGUUGGGUGCCGUGGCACUUUUAGAGAUUUAGAGCAUGAUCAGUUCCCUGCAGUAUUGUUCGGCUGGGAGGAAGUGACAGACAACCACUUCCUCCUAGCUUCAAUCAGAGCACUGCAUGGGAGUGGAGGGAGAAGGAGCCUAGGGGCAGUGGCGUCACCUCAGGCAGCAUAGGGAGUGAGCUGCUGCACUAGGAUCCCAAGCAAGCCACCUUCCUGGACACAAAAGGUAAGCUAACAGGAGGGUUUCUGAAACUAUAACAAUUAUAACAUGUACAGUUGUGCUCAAAAGUUUGCAUACCCCAGCAGAAAUUGUGAAAUUUUGGCACUGGCUUUGAAAAUAUGACUGAUCAUGCCAAAAAAAUGUCUUUUAUUGAAGGAUAGUGAUCAUAUGAAGCCAUUUAUUAUCACAUAGUUGUUUGGCUCCUUUUUAAAAUCAUAAUGAUAACAUAACUCGCCCAAAUUGCCCUAAUCAAAAGUUUGCAUACCCUUGAAUGUUUGGUCUUGUGACAGACACACAAGGUGACACACACAGGUUAAAAUGGCAAUUAAAGGUUCAUUUCCCACACCUGUGGCUUUUUAAAUUGUAAUUUUGAAAACCUGUUCUAAAGAAGGAUGGAAGAAAGAUUUCCUCUCAGGCAAAGAAAAUAUAUAUUUUUUACAGUAAGAGCAAUAAGGAUAUGGAAUUCUCUGCCUGAAGAGGUGUUUUUUUAUCAGAGUUCAUACAUAUGUUUAAACUGCAAUUGGAUAAAUACUUGCAAAAACAUAACAUACCGGGAUAAACAUUUUUAUUAGUUGGGUAAAAGCUGCUUGAUCCAAGGAGACAUCUGACUGCUAUAUUGGGGUCAAGAAGGAAUUUUUUCCUAGUUUGUUGCAAAAUUGAAAGCGCUUCAGACUAGAUUUUUUGCCUUCUUUUGGAUCAACAGCAAAAACAUACGUGAGGAAGGCUGAACUUGAUGGUCUCUUUUCAGCUAUGUAACUAUGUAACUAUGUAAUUAGUGUCUGUGUAUAAAUCAGGCCUGGCUCAAGACAUUGUGCUGCCUGAAUCCAGAUGAAAUGCGUGGAGCUGGACAAUAGUGGUCUUGUGAGAUGUCUUUCUGGAGCUACUGCUCGCAGAGACAGGAGACGUAUUUGUAAUAUUGUUAAGCGAGCAAAGCAGGAAGGGGAAUUGGAUGUACUUGUCCAUCUAGGGACAAAUUACUUGGCUUGCAAUGAGGUUUCAGAGGUAAAGGAAGUUUUUUGUGUUUUUGCCAAUGAUAUACAGCAGGUUGCUUCCACACUGUCAUUCUCUGAAGUUCUGCCUGUGCAUAACACUCAGAACGACAGGCGGAUGCGUAUUAGGGACUUUAAUUUGUGGCUUGGUGAAUGGUGUCAAGAGCAAGGAUUUGGCUUCAUUUCUCAUGGUAGCUCUGUUUGGAAUGGAAAUAAACUGUACAAAAAAGAUAGUUUGCAUAUUUCUCAAAAGGGAACAAAUGUUCUCAGUGAGCAGUUCAGAGGUUUUUCUAGCAUGUAUUUAAACUAGGAGGGGGGGCAAAAGGGUGAUAAAACAUCAAUCCUAUUGCCCCCCAAAACAAGGACAAAUGGUGCCUUUAGCGAGUGUGUUAUAAAAUGAAAAGCUUAGAGUCAUGUCUACAAAUGCUCGCAGUUUAGGGAAUAAGAUCCAUGAACUUGUGGCAAUAAUGGCAACUGAUAAUGUAGAUUUAGUCGCUGUUACUGAGACAUGGUAUAAUGAGAAAAAUGACUGGGACAUAGCAAUAGGGUACUCUUUAUAUAGAAAAGACAGGGAAGGCAAGAAAGGGGGAGGGGUGGCCCUGUAUGUGAAGGAUAGCAUACAAUUUAGCCUAAUAAAAGUUAGUGAGGCGAACAUAGAGUCUGUUUGGGUUACUUUAGAAUUUGGUGUAAUUUUAGUGUAGGUGUGACUUAUAGGCCCCCAGGACAAAUAGAACAGUUAGAUAAUCUACUACCGUGUUUCUCUGAAAAUAAGACCGGGUCUUAUAUUAAUUUUAAUCACAAAAAACACACUAGGGCUUAUUUUCAGGGUAGGGCUUAGAGCCAGUCUGUCAGCUGGUGUCCGCACUGUGUAACCCCCCCCAGAGACCCUCACCUCCCCCUCUCUGUAAUAUUCUCCCCUCCCUCCCUCCCUGUAAUAUUACCCCCUCCCUCCCUGUAAUACUCUCCCUCCCUGUAUUAUCCCCCCCUCCCUCCUGUAAUACUCUCCCCUCCCUCUCUGUAAUAUUAUCCCCCCUCCCUCCCUGUAAUAUUCCCCCCUCCCUCCCUGUUAUACUCUCCCCCCUCCCUCCCUGUAAUACUCUCCCCCUCCUCUCCCCUCCCUGUAAUAUUAUCCCCCCUCCCUCCCUGUAAUAUUACCCCUCCCACUCCCCUGUAAUACUCUCCCCUCCCUCCCUGUAAUACUCUCCCCCUCCCUCCCUGUAAUAUUCUCCCCUCCCUCCCUGUAAUACUCUCCCCCCUCCCUCCCUGUAAUAUUCUCCCCUCCCUCCCUGUAAUACUCUCCCCUCCCUCCCUGUAAUAUUAUCUCCCCCUCCCUCCCUGUAAUAUUAUCCCCCCCUGCCUCCCUGUAAUACUCUCCCCCCUCCCUCCCUGUAUGUAUCCCCCCCCUCCCCUCCCUGUAAUAUUACCCCUCCCUCCCUGUAAUACUCUCCCCAUCCCUCCCUGUAAUAUUAUCCCCCCUGUAAUAUUCUCCCCUCCCUCCCUGUAAUAUUCUCCCCCUCCCUCCCUCCCUGUAAUACUCCCCCCCCUCCCUCCAAUCUUCUCCUCACCUCCCUGUAGCGUGGCCGAGCUCCUCUCCGGUCCGCGACCCGCCGGACUGACAGGAAGUGCACCCAGUGUGCACUUCCUGUCAGUCCGGGCGGGUCGCGGACCGGGAGGAGCUCGGCCACGCUAAGGGAAGGUGAGGCAGUGCGGCAGCCAUCUGAGCGCUCUCUAUAGAGCGCUCAGGCGGCUGAGGCAUUUAAAGCUAGGUCUUAUUAUCGGGGUAGGGCUUAUAUUGCAGCCCACCCCGAUAAUCCAGCUAGGGCUUAUUUUUGGGGUAGGGUGUAUUUUCGGGGAAACACGGUAGUUGAGGAAAUAGCUACAAUGACAAUGAAGGGCCAUGUUAUCAUCAUGGGUGACUUUAAUAUUUUCUGAUGUGAAUUUGAAAACCAAAAUAGCUGCUUGUGCCAGGAGCACACAUAUUCUAAACUCCCUACUGGGAAUCUCUCUAAAACAAGACUUUAAGGAGCCAACUCGUAAAGAGGCCAUACUAGAUUUAGUGUUAACAAAUGGAGAUUUGGUAUCAGAUAUUACUGUAGGUGAAAGUUUAGGAUCCAGUGAUCAUCAAUCAGUGUGGUUUAAUAUAAGAACAGUGACUGAGUCACACCACACAAAAACAAAAGUUUUAGAUUUUAGAAAAACAGACUUUUCUAAAAUUAGAAUAUGUGUAAAGGAGUCAUUAUCAGACUGGAGCAGUUUAAAUGGAGUCCAAGAGAAAUGAGAGUAUUUACAAGUUGCACUGCUGAAGGCAACAGAAAAUUGCAUUAGACUUGUCAGUAAAAGCAAAAAAUUUAAGAAACCACUGUGGUACUCCGCAAAUGUGGCCAAAAUAGUAAAAAACUAAAAGUUAGCAUUUAGUAAUUAUAAAAAAAACUCAGAGUGAUGAAGACAGAUCUGUAAGAUUAUGCAGAAAGAGGCUAAGCAAGUUAUAAGAACUUCCAAAUCACACACAGAAGAGAAAAUAGCACAGUCAGUAAAAAAAGGGGACAAAACGUUUUUUAGAUACAUAAAUGAGGAAAGGAAAGUAAAACAAGGAUUAGUUAGAUUACAAACAAAAGCAGGAAGGUAUGUAGAAGAGGAUAAAGGUCUAUCUGACUGCAUCAAUUAAUAUUUUUGUUCAGUAUUUACAGAUGAAAAUGAAGGUAACGGGCCUCAGUUAGGAAAAAAGACAAAUUAAUUUGUUAAAUGUGAGUUUACAGAGGAAGAGGUUCUAUUUCAACUGUCAAAAGUAAAGACAGCUAAGUCAAUGGGGCCUGGUGGAGUACACCCAAAGUUAUUAAAAAAACUUAGUGGUGUACUAGCAAAACCAUUAAUGGAUUUAUUUAAGCAAUCAUUGUUAACAGGAGUAGUAGCAGAAGAUCGGCAGUUAGCAAAUGUUAGCAACUAUAGGCCAGUAAGCCUUACUUCAGUAGUGGGGAAAGUAACGGAAACCAUGUUAAAGGAUAGGAUUGUUGAACAUCUAAAAACACAUGGAUUUCAAGAUCAGAGACAACAUGGGUUUACUUCAGGGAGAUCAUGCCAAACUAAUCCUAUUGAUUUUUUUGAUUGGGUAACUAAAAUAAUAGAUCAGGGUGGUGCAGUAGACAUUGCUUACCUAGAUUUCAAUAAGACUUUUGACAUUGUUGCACAUAGAAGGCUUAUCAAUAAACUGCAAUCUUUAAGUUUGGAUUCCAAUAUUGUUGAAUGGGUAAGGCAGUUACUGAGUGAGAUGCAACAGAGGGUUGUAGUCAAUGGAGUAUAUUCAAAGCAUGGUCUUGUCACCAGUGGGGUACCUCAGGGAUCUGUACUCGGAUGCAUUUUCAUUAAUAUUUUUAUUAGUGAUAUUGCAGAAGGUCUUGAGGGUAAAGCAUGUCUUUUUGCUGAUGAUAUUAAGAUAUGUAACAGGGUUGAUGUUUCUGGAGGGAUAAGCCAAAUGGCAAAUGAUUUAGGUAAACUAGAAAAAUGGUCAGAGUUGUGGCAGCAGAAAUGUAAUGUAGAUAAGUGCUAGAUAAUGCAUCUUGGACGUAAAAACCCAAGGGCAGAGUACAGAGUAUAUGAUAAAGUCCUAACCUCAACAUCUGACGAAAGGGAUUUAGGGGUAAUUAUUUCAGAUGACUUAAAGGUAGGCAGACAAUGUAAUGGAGCAGCAGGAAAUGCUAGCAGAAUGCUUGGUUGUAUACAGAGAGGUAUUAGCAGUAGAAAGAGAGAAGUGCUCAUGCCAUUGUACAGAACACUGGUGAGACCUCACAUGGAGUAUUGUACGCGGUAUUGGAGACCGUAUCUCCAGAAGGAUAUUGAUACUUUAGAGAGAGUUCAGAGAAUUACUACUAAACUGGUUCAUGGAUUGCAGGAUAAAACUUACAAGGAAAGGUUAAAGGGUCUUAACAUGUAUAGCUUGGAGGAAAGACAAGACAGGGGGGAUAUGAUAGAAACAUUUAAAUAUAUAAAGGGAAUCAACACAGUAAAGGAGGAGACUAUAUUUAAAAGAAGAAAAACUAUCACAACAAGAGGACAUAGUCUUAAAUUAGAGGGGCAAAGGUUUAAAAAUAAUAUCAGGAAGUAUUACUUUACUGAGAGGGUAGUGGAUGCAUGGAAUGGCCUUCCAGCUGAAGUGGUAGAGGUUAAUACAGUGAGGGAGUUUAAGCAUGCGUGGGAUAGGCAUAAGGCUAUCCUAGAUAUAAGAUAACGCCAGGGACUAAUGAAAGUAUUUAGAAAAUUGGGCAGACUAGAUGGACCAAGUGGUUCUUUUCUGCCAUCACAUUCUAUGUUUCUAUGUUUCCAUGAGUUGUUAUAUUAAAGAGUGUUUUUAUUUUUUUGACCAGUGUCAGAUUUUUCAGUUUUUACUCUGGUUUUUACAACACUUAGUUACGGUAGGCUAACUAUACAACAGUAUGUCAAUGCAUGGUAAAAAAAGGUGCAUGGUAACUGUUUCUUCUGUUGUUAAGGUGCUACCAAUGACAGUUAGAUAAUGUGUGCAGCAAUACCAUAUGAUCAGAAUGCGGAGAGAGAGCACCAUUGGCAAGAGCAAUGAAUGCGCUGUUGAAGAGAGGGACUUAUUAGCUCUGCAUUUUUCGCAAAUAGAACAGGAGUAUAAUUAAUAGGUACAGGUAUGUAACGGAACUCCCCGUACUCCGACCGAGUACCUUCCGUUGAUGGACGCUUCCUAGCCUGCGCCGAGGACCACAAGCAACGCACCGGACACCACAACCACCGCAGACUCCACAACCGCCAUAGCUUAACAUGAGUCUAGCCGUCUUCCUUCCACCCUGGAUCAGCUUCUGUCCUCCAGGACUGUGUGGGGAAGACCUCUCCUAUCAGGAACAAGCUCUUAAAAGAGCUAAGUGAUUUAAAGCUCAAGGGAGUAUGCAGAGCAUAGCAAUCCCCAGUGUGAUUAUAGCAGUUCCCUCCAAUCACGAGACAAGACUACGUUUUGAGGGUCAAGAAGAUCUGUUUUACUUGGCACCAAAGGGCCUUCUUUUAUGCAGGUUUUACAGAUACAGUACCGCGCAUAACAUACAGUAAAACCACACCCAUUCACUCCCACAAAAUCCUCCCCACUGCCUGUGAUAUAAUUACUGCACACAAUGGGUUAAUGUAAUUAUCACAGGCAGGACAAAUAUACUUUUUACACAUACACUGUAACUUUAAAAAUAUACAUCCAAUCUUCACAUUUUCAGAACCAGCAUACUUUAAAUAUAAACAUAACCAAAAUUCUGCCAAAUCUGUCCAGUACUUAAAACGUUAGCUGGAAGUCCUUUUAUGACCUUUAUUUUCAUGCCCAAAACAGUUCCAUGGAUUUGGGCUGUGAAAAAAUGACUAAGUCCCAUUCGAACGAGCGUUCGAAUCUUCGAACGGGACUUAGUCUCCAGCCGCAGUGUCGAAGUGCAGGAGAAGGUAGGGGUCAGCGGUGUUUGUUGAAAUGUGUAGCUGAUUUCAGUUCCAUGGAUUUGGCUACACAUACCGCUGACCUCUUAAAGGGGCAGUGUCCCAAACACGUCUGGGGACACAGUCUUAUAGGGGCAUUGUCACAAUUUCCCCAUGUCCCAAAAAUGGGCUUAAAGGGCCCAUAAAAGUCCAUAAGCCCCAAUACAGUUCUUAAAGGGACAUACACAGGCCAAUACAAGUCCUUAGGCCCAAAUAGCAUUUUUAAAGGGCCACACACCCCAGGGCCAUAGUCACAGGGGAGGAGGCUGGCAAGCAAGCCUCUCCAGGACCAAGUGGUGAAGGGCACUUUGUCACAAGGUACAUCCCAAGCACAAGAGCAAUGCUAAGUUAUGGGCAUGGAGGUCCCCUGUGCUUUCUUCUUGAACAAAAUUGCUUAUAACUGCAGCAUUUUUUGUUAACAUGUAUCCUAUUGAUAUCAAAGUAGUACAUUAUAUUUACUUCUUUGACUGUACAAAACUUGGUCUGAGGCUUAGGUAAAUGAUCACAAAACUAUAAAUAAAAUUAAAUAUGUAUUCAGUUCUAAAUACACUAGAGGGCGCCAGACACCAGUGACAUUGAACAAAUAACUAUAAAUAAAUAAAUAUACAAUUACCAAUCCUGCAACUAUCACAUAUGCAUGGAUCUCAGAUACAAAGCAAGGGAGAAAACAAAAACAACCUAUAGAGUAAUAUGUAUGGUUUAUUACACAGAAAAUAAAUAAAAAGGACACACUCACAAAAGUAGUUGCAUAUAUAUAACAGAAAUGUGUAAAAUUGUCUUUACACACAAUUAGGCUAAAAUCUCACACCACACAACUUGUUUUUUGGUCAAUAAAAGGAGGUCUGUUAUCUGGGAGUUGGCCUCAGAGUGGAAGCAUUCGCCAGGUACACACACGUGUUGACCUUUGGUUUUUUUGGUUUUGGUUUUUUACAAAACCACGAAUACAACUUCCAUGCGCUCGUGGUUUGCAUCGACUCCGGCACCUACCUGUAGAGGAGAACAACCCACUCUACUCUUCAUGCCUCCGAAUAUUGUAAAAAGCUAUAUUUUUUAUUUAUUUUAUAUUUUAAAGCCUGUUGACCUAUAUGUAUGAGUUAUCACUUUAACGGUUCCUUUCUUUCUUCUGUUUUGUUGUGGUCCGUGAAGUAAAUAUGAAGAGGGACUGUUUUCCACAUUUAUCUUUAUAAAUAUAAUAAUAAUAAUAAUAAUUUGCGAUUUUUAUAGCGUGUUUUCUCCCUGUGAGACUUAAAACACUUUACAAAUGAACAAACAAAAAGACAUAAAAGUUAGGAGUUCCUGAAGGUCAGAUGAGUGGACAGAAUGCCUGAUGGAAGAGGUGGGUCUUUAGCUUUUUUAAAGAAGUCUUUUAGGACAGUUCCUCACUGAUUGCACACAGUAAAGAGUUCCAGAAGGUAGGGGCAGCGUGGCUGAGUGCCCUGGAACCUGAGUCUGUCUUUAUUCUUGGUACUGACAGGAGGGAUUUGCUGGCUGACCGAAGAGAAUGGGUUUUAGGUGCUCUUUCAGGUACUGUGGGCCUUGAUUGUUUAAGGCUUUGAAGGUCAACAGGACAGUUUAUAAAUAUGUUCUUUUUUACUCUAAUGUGCUUUAUUAAUAAAGUGUCUGAUUUUCUGUUUUUUACCAGUAUGAAGUCGGUAUUCCUGAUUUUGUUACAAGUUAUUAUCACGAUCCUUUGAACUUACAAUUUAAAUCUCAACAUUUAAGCUGUGGUAAGUAAAUAUUUAUACGUACAAUAAUGUAUUCUAUGUAUUAAUUACGCUUAGAUGUUUUGUUGUAGCUUGGGAAAUGAUCCAGGAUACAAGGUGUAUAUGGGUUUUCUUUGAACAAAUUUAGACCAAAAUAGUCAAACUGGAAUCACAAUUAACUUGGAGCAUCUUUCCAGUUCAGCAAUUUUGUCUUUCAAGGGCCACUCCACAUCCACAAAACACUUCAGCUUGCUGAAAUACUUUGUGGGUGAGGAGUACCCUAUUUUUACCCCAGUUUAUAAAAGUGCUGAUUUCAAUAAAAAAAAAUCUGCAUUUAAUAAAAAAACUAUGGAGCACCCCUUUGGCUGUCAGUCAAAUAUCCAGGGAGAUUUAGCUCCAUUAGCUCCCCUGACCUAACAAAAGGGACAGGCACGCUCUCAGAGCUGUAUUUGCCUUGUUUGCUUCAUAUUCUGGAGGGCCCAAGAGGUGGCCCACUGGCCACCCUAGGGCCCCCCAAGGUGUUCAGCUUCUCAUAGUGUAGGUAGGUGGUGAGGGAGCGGAGUCCUCUGAGCUCUUCCUGCUCUGCUCCCUCGCACACCCUUCUAUGAUGCCGGGAGCUGGAACAUGACAUCACUCCGGCGGUGCACGAUGGAGCAGAGCAAGAAGAGCUCAGUUCCCUCACCACCUCUAUUGAGCACUUGCCCGUCCAUCCAGCCAGUCGAGCCAGCAGAAGCCAGCAACCCCAGCAAGGAGCCCACCCAGCCAGCCCAGAUUUAGUCAGGGACAGGAUCCACUCCAAAUCUCCCAAAGGGAGGCUAGGUGGAUUAAAAAAUAAAAAUAAAAAUUGAUGAGUGUAUGAGAAAGUGUGUGUGUGUGUGUGUCAGUCAGUGUGUGUGUGUGUGGCUGUCAGUGAAUGUGUGAAUAAGUGUGUGUGUGUGUCUGUCAGUGUGUGUGUGUGUGUGUCUGUCUGUCAGUGAGUGUUUGUGUGUGUAUGUGUGUGUGUGUCAGUGAGUGGGUCUUUCAGAGUGUGUUAAAUCAGUGAGGAUGUUUGUGUCAGUGACUGUAUGUCAGUGUAUGUAUCUGAGAGUGUGUGCCUGUCACUGAGUGUAUGUCAGUGUAUGUGUAUCUGAGAGUGUGUGCCUCUCAGUGUGUGUCUAUCAGUGAAAGUGUGGGUUGUUUAAACAGUGUGUGCCAAUGACUAUAUGUGUGUGCCAAUGACUGUAUCUGUCAGUGAGUGUAUGUCAGUGCAUGUGUCAAUGAGGGCGUGCAUCUGUCAGUCAAAAAAGUGGCCUUGACACAAAGUGGUGGGGCAAAUUUAGACUAGGAGGUGCCCGAAUUUAGUUUUGCUUAGAGCAGCACAAAUCCAGAAUACACCACUGCACGCUGUACUAGAGCGCACCUGCUCCUCUCUCACAGACAUCAAACCAGCAUCUUGAGAUCUUGAGACCUCACAACAGCUCCUUCACAGACCUCAAAUCAGACGUUCAUGUGCACAAGCCAGUGUGCACCUAUGCACAAAGAUUUAGAGGUAUUUAUAUAUUGUUCUUUACAGUUUUUAUGGAGUUUGCAUUAAUUAGAAACCAAGUUAUAGUGUGGUGUGUGGUUAAAAAUGUAUUACAUAAUAAUGUUUCUCAUACCAUAAAGAGAUAAAUCCAGUGGUAACUUACAUUUUAUAACUUGCACUUGAAAAAGAAUUCCAGUUAUAUGGUUUCUAUAAUCAUUUGCUUAUCUUUACUGUUUAUGAAAAUAUAGAGAAUUUAUGGCAGUCUCCUACAUGGCUUCUUGAAAAUAAUGCAUGCAUUCUCUCUAUAAUUUAAUAUUCAGUCCCGGUCUUUCGUGGUCUAUUCACUAAAAGGUGAUCCACUGAUCUUCUCAGUAGGUCCUUUGUGCGUGAUCAUUGUGGUUCACCAGGAAUUUACCUGUAUUCCCUGAUGCCCUAUUUGGGCCAGACUGUCAGUAUCUGCGAAUGCCUUAUCUGAGUACUUGUGUGGAAUACCUGCAUUUAUAUAUGGCUUAGUAUAUUGCAAUUCUGUCAAGGUUAUUUACUGAAGUGAGCAUUGCCAGGAAUUCAAAUAGAUUUUAAAGUGAUUUGCAAGCUUUCCAAGCAUAAUACAGCUUCCUGUAGUGGUUAUGGUGCCAGGAGUUUCCUUGCAUGGUUCCCCAGUAAUGGCGCAAAGAGUAUAGUGAUGCUUUGGCCUCUUACCUGGGUCCCUGCCAGGCUCCAAGUCAACUUUCUUCUCAGAUUUUGCAGAGCAGCAGAAACCGGAAGCCAAUCCAGUCUCCAGUCAUUGGCUGAGAGCAUCAGCCAAUGUAUGACACACUGUGGAAAAAUGAUUUGCACAUAAUUGACACUAGCCAACUCUUGUUCCAGGUUGGCUGGUGACGACCUAAUGAUGCAGUUGGAGUUGGAGUUAUAACUCCAGCAAGCAGAGAGGUUAAACGCUGUAUGUGCAGUUCUUCAAAGCGACUGAAGUGGUCAUGGUGCUUGGACUAACACUUUACAUUUUAAAUUCACUUGAAAUUCACUUGGAGUUCCCAACAAUUCUCACUUUACUAAAUAACUAUGCAUAUGCGAAUGUUGAUUUGAACGUGUAUAAAGGGUUAGUAUGUAAGUGGGGUCUUUGAGUAUUGCAAUUGUAAAUGAGGGCAGAGUAGUAUUUUGGUAUUUUUGCUUGUUUGCUUGCAUAGAUGUAUUUGAAUGCACUUUAAAUUUAAAGUGUUAAUUAACGUGUUCUAAUUACCAACCCCCCAUGUUUUAAAGAAAAAAAACAAAAAAAAUAUAUAUGACAUAAAAUGUUCCAGUAUUCCAUUGAUAAAGUCUUCUCUCUGCUGCCGCUCCUUGGGUGAAGAUGACUUUUGUUCAGCUGAGUGCUUCUUUUAGAGAAGCAGUGAGGGCAUAGGGGCAUACAAGACAAUCACCGAGAUGCAUAGGCAUGCGCACAGGCUGUGCCAGGUGUGCCUGGGCACACCCUAAUGCCCGCGCAUGGAUCGAGGCCAGCAGGGGAGAUCACAGAAUCUCCCAUGUUGGUCCAUGCAGAGCCGGCGCUAUUCGAGCGCCUGCCUUGCUGUUUGCCUCUAUGGGUCUUUGCGGAGAUCAAAGAUCUCCCUCACCGGCCCACAGACAGGAGAGGACCCGGAAGCUCUAACCAGCAGCUCCGCUGGGUUCCUCUCGCAAGGUCAGAGCAUUGCCACAGCAACAUUUAGAUCUCGCAAGAGUGAACUCUAGCCCUGGACCACCAGGGAUGGCAGCAAGGAUCCCCCCUCCCAGGCAAAAGGUAAGAAGGGAGGGGGGCUAUUUCCUAAUCUGUCCUCCCCACCCUCACACACAAUCACUCCAAACAAAUUCACACACACAGCACCCUCACACACACACACACACACAGCACACAGCACCCUCACACACACAGCACACUAACAGCACCCUCACACACAGCGCACUAAAAACAUCCUCACACACACAGCACCCUCACACACACACACACAGCACCCUCACACACACACACACAGCACUCUCAGACAUACACACAGCACCCUCACAGCACACUACCAGCACUCUCUCUCACACACACAGCUCCCUCACACACAGCACACUAACAGCACCCUCACACACACAGCAGUGCAUGUAUGUAUGUAUGUUUGUGUAUAUGUGUGUGUGUAUAAAUAUAUAUACCUAUUCACAUACAUAUACACGUGGCGGUUGUGUUUGUGCUUUAGGGUGCACAACCUAAUGCAAUAGUCUGCGCACGCCUAUACUGAGAUGUGCAUUGAAUCCAUUGCUUCACUAUAAGAAGAAUUGGAUGCAUUCAGCAUAAAAAUGCUGUAUCUGACUGCCACUAAAAGUGAAUUCCAUGACAAAUAUAAACAUUGCUGUUUCUCAGAAACAGCAGUUUUUACACAUUGUCAGAUAGAAAAUGGGCAGCAUCUAUGCACCAAAACCACUACAUGAAGAUUAAGUAGUUUUAAUACUUAGACUAUAGGCAUUGAAGGUAGUUCCAGAAUCCAUAAUGUAUUCCAAUUAUAUCCAUAAUUCAAAGGAGGUGUCAAUGCCAGAGUUUCUUUAUAAUAAAAUGUAUACUUUAUUAUAGUUUGUGUUUAUUGGGAGGGGAGGAACGGUUGUAUAAUAACAUAGCAGUGAAGGGGUUAAACGUGUUUUUAUGCAGUUGAAAAAUCAGAAGAUUUUAAAUGAACAAAGUUCGUAGAUUUAUAAUCUGCCAAGAUGAUGUGACAUUGUACUUCGUUAGCCUUUAGACGGGAUACAAAGAUAACAAGAAUAUAAAAUCACACAGUCUCUUAUUAGAAUCGUACAGAAAACACUCAGAGGGCAAGUCAAAUCUAAUCAUUUUUAUCACACAGAUUAAUCGCAGUUUAACAGCUUCAAACAACAUGCCUUGGCUGUAUAUUCUACUAAUGCAAUUACUAUUAUUGUAUUUAAACAAAGAUUAAAGAAAAACUAGCAAGAGAAGCAUAGACUUGACCCAUAAUUAUUUAUUUAUAAAAUAUUUUACCAGGAAAGAUACAUUGAGAUUUCUCUCGUUUUCAAGUAUGUCCUGGGUCCACAAAUCAUUGCAAUGUUACAUUAGAUACAACAAAAUACAAAAACAAUAUUAAUACACAAUAUAUACAAAAUUUAACAUAGAACAGGCAGGAAAUAUAUAAUCAACCAUGACACGUGCAUUCUGUUUUGAGGUAAUAAAUGGAUUCACAUUUCCCUACUUACUAAAAUCUUAAUUAUUACAGUAUCUCCAUCAAUAUAUCUCAAAUUGAUUUCAAAUAUGUACAAUAGUUCCAGUGAAAUAGCCUGAAUUACUUUGCAGGGGCGUAAGUAGAAAUCACAGGGCCCCGGUGCAAGACCACAUUAGCACCCCUUAUUGCUCCCAUAAGCAAUACACGUGAGUAAGAUGUGUGUGGUGGCCUAAUAUAAUUGGGCGUGCUUUGGUUGAGUGUAAUUCUGUAUGGGUCUUGGCUGAGUGUGAUUGUGUUGGUUGUCGGAGUGUGAUAUGUAUGUAUGGCAUUGGCGGAGAGCGAUUGUGUGUAUAUGUCUGACUGGCUGAGUGUGAUUGCAUAAGUUGUUUGGCUGAAUGUGCGUGUGGACUGAUUGGCCCUGGUUUGGGUCACAUCCCUAAGUCUGGCAAUUCCCAAUGCUGACGCUUAUGUGCUGGCUUCACAACCAGCACAUUGGAGUAAGUGCAUCACAUACUACCCCAGAAAGCGCCUGCUCGGGUAGUAACACAGUAACAGGGAGCAAGAAAACCACCUGUCACUCAAUCUUUGGCAUCAGACCCUGUGUGCCACUUGCACACAGAUCUAAUGUUGUGAAUUUCAUUGACAGGCAGAGGAGGGACCAUAUUUUCAUAGAGCUUUAAAUUAAAAUGUACAGUUGUAAUCAAAAUUAUUCAAUCCCCAUUGAAAAUCAGGUUUAUUGUCAGACUUUCAGCUGUUUGCAAUGAACAAAUCAAACAAAAGCAAUUUAAAUAGCUCAGCACAACGAAUGCUUUAUAUUAUUUCCCCAAAUUCAACUUAAAAUGCAACUUAUAAUGACUUCUCCAGUCUCAAAACAGGUGACACGCACUCACUGACAGAGGCACACAUUCUAACCGAAGGACACACACUCACUGACAGACACACACACUGACAGAAAAACUCACUCACUGACAGACACACACUAACAAACACUGGCUGAGACACACUGACACACUUUCUCACUGACAGACACACACUGUCAUUUCUCAGUUGUAAAUAGAUCUAACCAGAUCUGGAUUGACCAUCGGGCAAAUCGGCGGCAGGGGAGAUCGUGGGAGCUUCCCUGCUGGUCCAUGCAAGGCUGGCGCUAUCCAAGAGCCAGCUCUGCUGUGUGUUAUUGUGGGCCAGUGGGGAGAUCUCCCUCACCGGCCCACAGGCAGUGAUAUGCAGCAGGCGGCAUGUGAAAGGAGAGAGGAGACCCGAGAGAGCUCUAGCUUGCAGCUCCGCCCGGGUUAUUCCUUUUGCGAGGUUGUAAUAUUGUCGCGGUUACCAUGGCAAUGCUCCGAUCUUGCAAGUAUAUUUUUUAAUAUAAAAAUACAUAUAUUGACUUACUCUGCCCCCCCUUCCACCCAUAAUACGUCUCAAUACGCACACACUGCACAACAGACACGUACUGUCACCCUCCUCCCAUACACCUUCACAACCCCACACACACACAUUAUCACCCUUCAAACACAAUGUCACCCCCCCACAGACACCCCUGCUCCUCCCACACACUGUCAUCACCCCACACACUGCACCUGUCACACACACUGUCACUUCCUCCCACACACACUGUCGCCCUCCUCCCACUCACUGUCACCACCUCAACCUGCACCCCUCACACACACUGUCACCCCACAUGGGGACACUGUCACUCUCCUCCCACACACUGUCACCCCCCAAAAAAACCCACACACUGUACCCCUCCUACACACUGUCACCCCCACACUAUCACACUCUCUCCCCCCACACACACACUGCACCCUUCACACACACGCACUCUGUCACCCUCCUCCCACACCCUCCUCCAUCACCCCCUCCACAUACACACUGCACCCCUCCUUCAUACUGUAACCACACACACACACUGCACCCUUCACACACACGCACUCUGUCACCCUCCUCCCACACCCUCCUCCAUCACCCCCUCCACAUACACACUGCACCCCUCCUUCAUACUGUAACCUCCCCAUACAGUCAUACAGUCACACUGUGUCACACACACACACACACACACACACACACUGGCACCCUCCUCCCUCACACUGUCACUCUCCUCCCACUCAUACUGUCAACCUACUCCCACACACACUGUCGCCCUCUUCCCAUACACUGUCACCCCCCCACGCACACUGGCACCCCACACACUGUCACCCCUCACACACACUGCACCCCACACGGGGACUCUGUCCCCCUUCUCCCACACACUGUCACCACCCCAGCCACAAACACACACUGUACCCCUCCUACACACUGUCACCCCCCCCACACUGUCACCCUCUCUCCCCACACACACUCUGCACCCUUCACACACACGCUCUCUAUCACCCUCCUUCCACACACUGUCACCACCCCUUCCAUGCACAUGCUGCACUCCUCCUAUACACUGUCACAUCCCACACAACCACACUGUCACUCUUCUCCCUCACGCUGUCACACUGUCAACCCACACACACACACUGUCACCCUCCUCCCAUACCAAGUCACCCCCCACACACUGACACACACUGUCACCCUCCUCCCACGCAGUGUCACCCUCCCCACACACUGCACCCCUCACACACACAGUAAAACCCCUAAAAAGUACACACUGCAUCCCUCACACAAACACUGCAUGCCCUCACACACACUGCACCACUUACACACACAUUACAUUCCUGACAAACACAGUCUGAAUCCCCUAUGCACACACUAGAAAUCAACCUAUUUACACAAAACACCACACCACAAUCAACUCGCUCUACACAUGCAAUCCCACAAGCAGGAUUUAAAGACAUGCACAAUAUUCUUUCCAGGCACUUUUGUCCUAUGGUAUCCCACUUAUGGAGACACUAGAGACAUGUCACAAGCAAACAAAGCGCAAGCUUGUUAAUACAUUUGUUUGUGCUGCUCUGAACAAAUACAGGGCCUUUUUCUCAUGCAAGAGCUUUUCAGGAGGGAAAGAAAUACAUAGCCCCUAUGCUGCUAAAAAUGGGUUACAGACUUAAUAUGGGCAUAACCCAAGAAAUGCUAAAUACAAAAAAAAAAGAACUAAUGAGGCCAGGAUCCCCCCUAUAAGAGGAGAAGAUCUGCCCCCAUUGGAAUUCCCUACAUUUAAAACAUAAUUUUUAAGUAAUAAUCAAAAAUUUGAAUAAACUUUAUUAAUAAUGAGAACCAACACACACAGACAACAAAAUAAGUACACAAAAAGAAAAUGUGCAAACCAGUGCGAAUUAAAUUAAUUAAUCAAGAAUCAAUUAAAAAGGAAUGAGGGCUUAAAGGCUAUGUAUAAGAACACUAAACUCAAUUGAAAUUGAAAUUAUGUUUCAGAUAAGCCUGUAGAAAUAUAGUUAGUUAGUAUAUUGUAUCUGUAUCUCAAAGACAUAAACAGUGUAACAACAGGUUUAAGUAUUUCAUUUAAAUAAAAGAGAUACAAGUAUCAAAAUUAGACCAUGAGAUUAGAUAUAUUAGUUUUGGCUAUAGAUGUAUAUGCUUAUUAACAGGCAGCUAAACCAUUAGGUGAGCAGGGGCUAUAUUUAAAUAGACAAAAAACUGAGGAAAUUAGCGUCUGUGGUAAAUUUAGAUCGUCCUAUAGAUAAAUUCUAAUAAAAUAUAGAGGAAAAUACAUAAUCCACCAAUACUGUGGCGCUUAUCAAUUAAUAAGAAAUCUCCAAUAGUAUAAUUAACCCUCAAGAGAUCUCAUAUCCCAACACAUGGUGAUACAUGUAAUCAAAUCAAGGAUAGUACCAAGCUCCUUAUGCUCUUCAGCAGGGUUCUGCACAUGGAACUAACAAGCUCACUUUGAGAGGGGGCAUGCUUUUCAUUGAUGAUGAGAAAACACGCUCUAUCUGGCCCCGCCCCCUUCUCAGUGGGCCUCAGUGCUGCAAAAAUGCCCCAACUAAAUUUUUCUCCCAGUUCUGUCCUGGAUCUAACAAUAAUGCAUCCAGGGAGGAAAACAUGUUCACAGUAGUGGAUUAAUGCAGUGAUGAUAUGUGUUUACCAACAAAAAGGAACUGGAACACUGAUGUGAUUUUACGAAUACAUUCCUGAGUGGAAUAUUAGUUUUAUAUAGUUAUUAUUAUAUGUGUUUUCAGUUUAUGGAAUUCAGCCUUUACAAGAGAAGAUUUAUAAAUCAAACAACAACAUCUUUAUAACUCACAGACCUGAGGAUCUGGCGUGGGACUCGGCUCUCAUUCUCCCCAAGACUCCAUGGCCACCCAAGUCUGCAUCAUUUACAGUUUGUAUCAUUCUAUUUAUUAUAUUAAUUUCUAUUUUGUAUUAUUUAUUAUAUUGUAUUAUUUAUUGCAUUGUACAGCCAAAGGAUAUUCAGUUAUAAUAGAAGCAGGUUAAGUUAUUGUUAAGUUAACAGGCAGUUUUUCACCCACAAACUAAUCAGAAGUAAAUAAUGCUUUAUCACACACUCAACCUUUUCGUUGACGAUUGGGUAGUACAAUUUAUUGCACUUCCCAUAGGUUUCUAUUUGGAAAACCAGAUGCAGUAAAUUUUGAUUUUUGAAAAUUAAAAACACUAAAAUGUUAUUUCUUUGACUAUUUUGUUGCGCAUCAGAUCUACAAUGAGCAAUUUUUACAUUCAGUUCUUCAAAAUUUUCUGAAUUUUUGAAUCAUAAUUUAUUCACAUAUGUGCGCAAAUAAAUAUUAUUUUCUUUGUGAUCUCCUGAAAAACAUACUUUAAGCUGUUUGUUCAUUGUAACAAAGGAUAGAAUGUUUAUCAAUUCCCUUAAAUGGAACAACAUGGCUAAACUGUGAGAUUCCAAUUUUGCAUCAUAAUGUAAAACUGUUUUUUUUUUUUUUUUUGUUAUCAGAGAUAUAGAAGACAGAGAGGAGUGCACACUGCGUUUUUGGAUCGAGUUGAAGAAAAAUUUAAAAAGUGGCAAGAAGUGAGUAGAAAAUAUGCAAAAGAGGCAGCACAUAUACACCAAAAUCAAUACAUGAGGAUUCUGCAUUCACAUACUGCAUUCAUACCAGCUGUCUGCAUGCACAUUCUGUAUCCACACAUUAUGCACACCAUUCACAUGCUACACACCUAGAUAAUUUACACACUAUACUUAACUUAAAUACACUACACAUGCUUCAAACUGAGCAUUCACAUAUGGAAUACAUAUAUUAUUAAUUCACAUGCUACUGACACAGAAAUGACACUACAUGAAGAAUUACAUUAGCACAGAAUUUUGUUGUUGUUGUUAGUAGAGAUAAUUGUUCAUAAGCAAGGUCAGUCAUACUGGAGGAAGAUGGAAGGGUGUAAUGCAAUUUCAAUCACUGGAUAAGAGGUAAGUAUUACCAUAGCAGUAAUUAAAGGGACACUAUAGUCACCCAGACCACUUCAGCUCAAUGAAGUGGUCUGGGUGCCGGGUCCCUCAGGUUUUAACCCUUCAGAUGUAAACAUAGCAGUUGCACAGAAACUGCUAUGUUUACUUAGCAGGGUUAAUCCAACCUCUUGUGGCUGUCUUCCUGACAGCUGCUAGAGGCGCAUCUGCGACGCUGGAUGCAAAAUUUGCAUCCAGCGUGCAGAACGUCCAUAGGAAAGCAUUGAGAAAUGUUUUCCUAUGGACUGUUUGAAUGCAUGUGCGGGACUAGCCGUGCAUGCACAUUCCGCUCCACUCGGGAGCUGACAUCGGCGGGGGAGGAGAGGUCACGGUAAGCUGCUGAAGGGGGUUUAACACCUUUACCACCAAGGGAGGGGAACCCUAUGGGUGGGGGCACGGGUUUGUUUUCCUGACACUAUAGUGAUCCUUUUAAUAUAUUCAUCCUAUAGAAUGUAAACUCAUUUGAGCAGGGCCCUCUUCAACAUAUUAUUACUGUAAGUUUUUGUAAUUGUCUCAUUUAUUGUUAAAUCUCCCCCUUCGAUAAUAUUGUAAAGAGCUACGGAAUAUGCUGGCGCUAUAUAAAUACCAGUAAUAAUAGUAAUAAUAAUCACCUUGAUACAUUAUAUACUCAUUGGUUUAGGAACUGACAUGCAUUACAGUGAACCCGUAAUGACACUGUCAAACUUAUUCAUUAUUAAAACAUUGAUUUAGUAGCCCCUUUGUUGAAAAAUGACUUUCUUAUGACUUCCAUAAUGGAGUGGAAAGCCAGGAGAUCCAGAAAUGAACACUGUAACGGAACUCCCCGUACUCCGACUGAGUACAUUCUGUUGAUGGACGCUUCCUAGCCUGCGCCGAGGACCACAAGCACCGCACCGGACACCACAACCACCGCAGACUUCACAACCGCCGUAGCUUAACUGGAGUCUCGUUGUCUUCAUUCCACCCUGGAUUAGCUUCUGUCGUCCAGGACUGAGUGGGGAAGACCUCUCCUCUAGGAGAGCGUAUCAGGAACAAGCUCUUAAAAGAGCUAAGUGAUUUAAAGCUCAAGUGAGUAUGCAGAGCAUAGCAAUCCCCAGUGUGAUUAUAGCAGUUCCCUCCAAUCACGAGACAAGACUACGUGUUGAGGGUCAAGAAGAUCUUUGUUUAAUUAGUACCAAAGGGCCUUCUUUUAUGGAGGUCUUACACAUACAGGACCGCCCACAGGGUUUUUCUGAACAACCAAUAAAAACAUUACAUGCAAUAAAGUAAACCACUCUCAGCAGAAAUCCUCCCCUCUGCCUGUGAUACAAUUAUCUCAAGACAAUAGAUUAACUUCAUCAUCAGAGGCAGAAAAUAUACAGUUUUUACACAAUUCUUAUAACUUUAAAAGUAUGCAUACAAUAUUAAUAAUAGUUACAUAUUUGAAAUCAGCGUCCUUCAAAUAUAAAUAUACUCAAAAAUCAUAAAAAUCCGUCCAGUAGAUCAAAAGAUAGAUCGAAGUCCUUUGUGACCAAAUGAAGCAUUGCUUUUCUGCCCAAAACCAGUUGCACAGAGUCUUUUGUCCUGGAUAUAAUUGGGAAGUAAUCCAAUUAUCUCCAAGGACAGAGGCAAAACUCCAUUGAACACAUGGUAGCAAAAUACAAUAAAAUACAUAAAAAUAUAUAACUGUGCAGCUAUUGCAUAAAACAGGUACAUUCAAAAUAUCCCCAGAUAGCUUAGAUCUGAGCGCACAUUAUUACUGAAUGGCGCUCAGAUCACAUACAUACAGUUCAAUUUCCAUGGAGCCAAAGUCUUUCACAUAGUCUUUCAUUAUACGAAUGGGCUCCAUGGCAUAGCUAUCUGUUCAAAUAGGGCAAGUACCGAAUGACCCAGCUUUCAUGUCUUUGCAGGGGAAAAUCAAGCAUUUCAACAUGGGGUCAUAGUCUAAAGGCAGCAGGCGGGCAACCAGUCCUCUACAGUUUGUCACAUAUCUCCCCUUUUUGGGGAAGACUAACCAGGCACCUGACUUUCUGUCGGUCAGUGCCUACGUUAGUCGAUCCACCCACCCACAAUAAGCAAGUGCCAGAGUAGCCCACCCACAAUAAACAGUUACAAGAGCAGCCCACCCACAACAAACUGUUGCUGCACCUGGGCAUUCCUCUGGGGUGAUGGGGCAACACGCUGUGGGGACUUGGGGGACAGAGGUCAGCUGCGCUCUGCCCCGAUGCCAGCGCUUCUGCUGGGGUAGCCUGGUGGGGACUUGGCUGGGGAGAAGAGACAUCACUUACCCCAUCCUCCGGGUACGCAGGCGAUGGUAGCUGGGGAUCUGGACAGGCUGUCCAGAAAUCCCUGUGGGUCAGGAACAGAGACCACUGUCCCAUCUGCACUGUCUGGGAGAUUGAUGUCUCCCCUUGGUAGGAUAAGCUGCUGCUGGGGAGAAAGGGUGCUGGCCUCCUCUCUCUGCAGAACACACUGCUGCUGGGGAGAGAGACCGGUUGUCUCCUCUUCCUGGGACUCACUCUGCCACUGGGGAGCAAGGCCGAUUACCUCCACUCCCUGUAGGGAACACUGCCGCUGGGGAGAGAGACUGGCUGCCUCCUCUCCCUGCAGAACACACUGCUGCUGGAGAAAGAGACCAGUUGUCUCCUCUCCCUGGAACUAACCCUGCCGCUGGGGAGUGAGACCGGCUGUCUCCACUCCCUGUAGGGGACACUGCCGCUGGGGAGAGAGGCCGGCUGCUUCCUCUCCCUGCAGGACACACUGCUGCUGGGGAGAGAGACCAGUUGUCUCCCCUCCCUGGAACUCACCCUGCCGCUGUGGAGUGAGACCUGCUGUCUCCACUCCCUGUAGGGAAGCACCCGGGUAUAGCUUCACUUUUAUAUAUUUUUGGGGGUUGAAUGCCAGAGCCUGGACAUAUAUAUGUAGAUAGAUAGAUAGAUAGAUAGACAGAUAGAGAAAGAGAGAGAGUUAAUACAUUGUUAAUACAUUGCUAAACACAAAUACACACACCAGUCAAGCCAUAAGACUUGUUUUUCCCACAGAAAUCUCACUUUAACAGUGCUCUCACUACUGUAAGGAAUUCUGGGUAUGAAUAUGCAAAUAAGCUCAAUAAAGAACCACAUUUUGCCUCAUAAUUCCACCUUAUACGUGGAUUCCUUGAAGUAUGUGUCUGUGGCAUACAACAUCUUUGGAACGCAACUCAAGAAGAGGAGCAAAGCCAGAGAACCACUCAUGGACAGCUGUUUCGUUCUUAAUGCAACUCAUCAGCAUGAGGUUGGUUCCUGGCUUGCUAUGGAGGAUUGAAGUUACUUGUAAAGUACAUACCUAAAGAGUUGUGGGGGGGGGGAGGAGUGUGGAUGAAAACCCCUUCCACCUGAAAUAAGUGGAUAGUUAAUACAUUGUUAAACACAAAUACACACACCAGUCAAGCCAUAAGACUUGCUUUUCCCACAGAACUCUCACUUUAACACUGCUCCCACUACUGCAAGGGAAGGGAUAUAUAUAUAUAUAUAUAUACACAAUGUUUGUUUCUUUAAGAAAAUUAAUUAUGUGUAUUAUCAACUAGAUAAACUAUAGUGGCACCUGUUCUAUAUGUUGCAUAUCAUGACAGAAAUGCUUGAAUAAGUAUAUAUCCAAGUAUAGUUGCUUAAACAAAAAUGUUAAAUUGUGUAAAUAAAGACUGUUAUAUUUCCACAGAAAACAAAAUGAAGCCCAAGGAUGUGGAGCUGAAUUUCAAGAUAAUGUAAACAAUGCAAACACGCAAUAUCUCACUGGAUAUGUGUAUUAAAAAAAAAAAAGAUGUAUCUAUCUAACAGCAUGUUAAAUUUCGCUGUAAAAUGUGUAAUAGUUUCUCUUAAUUGUUGUUAAAUCCCCCCUUCAUGAUAUUGUAAAGCAACUGCAGAAUAUGUUGGCUCUAGAAAAAUUUGUUCAGCUUUUGUGUUUCAUAUUGGUUAAAAUACGGGAUGGGUGAAUCCAGUGGACAUGUUGCCAUUGCCAGAGUUACUCCUAUUUCUUGUAGCCCGCACAAGGAACAACUAAAGGAAAGCUCAGCAGAAACUUUGUCAGUGCCAUCAGGGAUGUGACAGAAACAUUUAGCCACAGUAAUGCCAGUUGGAGAUGGUCAUCCCUUGUUCAACCACCUUAUAAACAAGAUGGAUGUCUUUCUGAAAAAGAAAGGAAAUUGUUCCUGGCAGCAAACUCCCACAUAAGUUGCUAAUUGCCCUGAUCUACUGCUAGCUUCCCUAUAUGUAGGAUUGUGGUGGAAGUGGCACACAACACAUUGCCGCGCAUGGGCAUUAGGUCUCGCCCAUCGCUGGCCAUGCAUGCGCAAUAGGUCUCCCCGCUGGAUGACAUUGGCAGUGGAGGAGCGUGGGCGGACCCUGAACCAGCGCAGAGGGACAUCAGCGCUGGACUCCGGUACGUCACUAGGAUGGGGGGUGGAAGGGAGAGGGGACCUGCAGUGCCAGGAAAACGGAUUGUUUUCCUGGCACUGGAGAGUCGCUUUAAGUUCAAUUCAAUCUAUCUAACUUGGGAUACCUUGCUCUUCGGUUUACUCCUUGCAGUGUUAUCAUCUGCUAGCUGAGAUCCAGUAUGGCCACUCGCCUCUCCCUUCAAAGUUGUUUCUAAAUGUAUAAAUGUAUCUUAAAAUCUGGCUAGAAUGUUUUUUUAAAAAGUAAAAAAAUACAUGUAUUAAAUUAAAUUAUGCUUGCUGCAACUGCUGCUCCC